ACUUACCACUCAUUUUGGUUGUUGAAAGGUUUGCUGACCAUUUCACAUCAAAAUUUUCAAUUAUCUGCUGUUGUUUCAAUAGUUUAUCGGUUUUUCUCAAUAUUUUCUGGUUUAAUUACUAUCUUCCAGUGGAAAGCAGUGUUGUUCAAUGGUUCAAGUGAUGUGAAACGUCCCUCGAUUGUGUCCUUGUCCGAGAUUGUUUCGUUUUCUGAUUCCGUGUAACAUUUUGUGUUGUUGCUUAAUCCGUCAAAACGCUUCCUAAAGUGGAUUUUAAAUUGCAGAGUUCAGCGCCUGCCCCGGUUAUUGACCGCAGUUAGGCUUGUGGACGGCCUCCGGAAUUGAGACACUUCUACUAGCAUAACCUUGAACACCAGAGCCAGCAGUCGAAAUGAACAGACGGAACAAAGGCCCGGGGCUAAAAAUCCAAAUGGAUGUGGCCUCCAAUUCGAACCCUGUAACACCUCCAAGAAAUCUGGACAAAACUGCUACCAUAACGAUCGGUAGCAACACAUUCGUCGUCGAAGCGGACAAUCUGGAGAAGAUAUGUGAUCUUGGACGCGGUGCCUACGGAAUAGUCGAAAAGAUGCGCCACAAACAAACCAACACGAUUAUGGCCGUCAAACGGAUCACUGCAACCGGACAGACGCAGGAGCAGAAACGACUCCUGAUGGAUUUGGACAUUUCGAUGCGUGCCAGUGACUGCCAGUACACUGUUCACUUCUACGGUGCUUUGUUCCGCGAGGGGGACGUUUGGAUUUGCAUGGAAGUGAUGGACACCAGUAUAGAUAAGUUCUACCCGAUCGUGUUCAAAAAUGGGCGAAAGAUGCCGGAGGAUAUUCUCGGAAAGAUCGCGGUCGCAGUUGUUAAUGCACUUAAUUAUCUCUACACUAAGCUGCGUGUUAUCCACAGAGAUGUGAAACCGUCCAAUAUACUGAUUAAUAGGCAAGGGGAUGUCAAAAUGUGUGACUUUGGUAUUUCAGGAUACCUAGUUGAUUCAGUGGCCAAAACAAUUGAUGCUGGUUGUAAGCCAUACAUGGCUCCAGAAAGGAUAGAUCCUCAAGGUAAUCCUGGAGAGUACAAUAUCAAAUCAGACGUGUGGUCGUUGGGAAUCAGUAUGAUUGAAAUGGCCACUGGGACUUUUCCCUACAGCACGUGGGGUUCUCCAUUCGAGCAACUGAAACAAGUUUGUAAAGAUGAACCACCACGGCUAAAAUCCGACGACUUCACAGAAGUGUUCAAAAACUUCAUCGUCGCUUGCCUGCAGAAGAAGUUCCAGGAUCGAUACAACUACGACCAGUUGUUGAACCACCCCUUCAUCCAAGAGCACACCGAAAAGACGACAGAUGUCGCCACGUUCGUUAGCGAAAUUCUAGAUUUGGCUGCCACGGUUUGAUCCGAAUGGUCCCCUAGUGAUAAACCAGUAAUAUACACAUUUAGUUAGGAUUUUUUAUUAGACAUGUAAGAAUCGCGUCUGAAACAACAAAUUACAGCCAUCCUAAAGUCCGGAAUGAUAUACCUUGUAAUCUUAGCCACAACUAAUAUGCCAUAAUGUUCUACUUCGUUUCAUUGACCCAGAGGAGUCUGUCCAGAUGAGUUAGCUGGUGCAAAAAUCUCUUGAUCAGAGUGAAAUCGAGUAAAUUCGUGAACUUCAAUUCUGAUUGCGUCAAGCUGGCUUCAACGGCCUCGUGUUGUAUGGAUGGCUUCUCUCACGACAAAUAGCAAGUCAAAUUAUUUGAAGAUAAAUAUAUAUAUUUUCAAGUGGAGCAGUUUUACUGUGCUUAUUAUUUGAUUAUAUUUUGGUUCAUCAGUUAUUGAAAGUAUUUCGUACAAAUUGGUUUAUUCGACUGCAAUCGACAAUUACUAUGUUUCAUUCAUAGGUAAUGCUAAGAAAAAUCGUUUUAAUUGUUUAAUCAAUCGAUAAAAAAUAAAUAAAACAGCUAUCGACCUUUUAAAA